AUUCAUCUCACACUCCUCUCCUCACUUGCCUUCUCACAUGGCUUCUUCUCUUAAUACUACCAAUAUUUUCACCUCACCAAGUUUUCGAAACAACACAAAAACAAAUGUGCACUCUUCUAUUCAAGUCCCUUCUAUUCCAUUCUCCCCAAACAAAUCGAGCACAACUUAUCAAACACCUUGUAAUAAUAAUAAUAAUAAUAGUCCUCCAAUUCCGAAAUGGAAUAUAUUGCAAAAGGCCGCGGCGAUGGCAUUAGAUGCGGUCGAAAGUGCGAUUAUUUCGCGGGAAUUGCAGCACCCGCUGCCGAAAACAACAGACCCCGAAAUUCAAAUUGCGGGCAACUUUGCUCCCGUGCCUGAACAGCCUGUGAAGCAAAAUCUUUCGGUUUCGGGAAAAAUCCCCGAAUGUAUAAACGGAGUGUACGUUCGCAACGGAGCCAAUCCGCACUUCGAGCCGAAAGCAGGGCACCAUUUAUUCGACGGGGAUGGGAUGGUUCACGCGGUCCAGUUCAAGAACGGCUCAGCCAGCUACGCUUGCCGCUUCACCGAGACCGAAAGGCUUGUGCAGGAACGUAGCUUAGGAAGGCCUGCUUUCCCGAAAGCCAUUGGUGAGCUCCAUGGCCAUUCCGGGAUAGCGCGGCUCGCGCUUUUCUACGCUCGCGGCAUGUUCGGACUUCUUGAUCAUAAGCAUGGCAUGGGGGUUGCGAAUGCGGGGUUGGUUUAUUUUAAUGAUCGGCUUCUAGCUAUGUCUGAAGAUGAUUUACCGUAUCAUGUUCGGGUUGGUCCAUCAGGUGACCUUGAAACAAUUGGAAGGUAUAAUUUUGAUGGUCAGCUUGAUUCGACUAUGAUUGCUCACCCGAAAAUCGACCCCGAAACUAGCGAACUUUUUGCUCUUAGUUAUAAUGUAAUUCAGAAGCCGUACCUUAAAUACUUUCGAUUCUCUAGUGACGGAUCCAAGUCCGAAGACGUGGAUAUCCAGCUCUCUGAUCCCACCAUGAUGCAUGAUUUCGCGAUCACGGAGAAUUUCGUGGUGAUUCCUGAUCAACAGGUGGUUUUCAAAAUGUCUGAGAUGAUUCAAGGCGGUUCCCCGGUUGUGUAUGACAAGAAUAAAGUAUCGCGUUUCGGGGUUUUGGAUAAGUAUGCUAGUGAUGCUUCGGGGAUCAAAUGGGUUGAAGUUCCGGAUUGUUUUUGUUUUCAUCUCUGGAAUGCGUGGGAAGAAAAGGAGACUGAUGAAGUUGUGGUGAUCGGAUCUUGCAUGACUCCAGCCGACUCGAUUUUUAACGAAUGCGACGAAGGUUUACAAAGUGUUCUGUCCGAAAUCAGGCUAAAUUUGAAGACAGGGAAAUCAAUUAGAAGACCAAUUCUGUCUUGCGAUGAUCAAGUGAACUUGGAAGCAGGGAUGGUGAACAAAAAUAUGCUAGGCAGAAAGACGCAAUUCGCGUACUUAGCGAUCGCUGAGCCAUGGCCUAAAGUUUCGGGUUUUGCGAAAGUGGACUUGUCUAGCGGCCAAGUGAACAAGUUCUUUUACGGGGAUGAGAAAUACGGAGGCGAGCCUCUAUUUUUCCCGAACCCUGAAUCGAAAAAUGAAGACGAUGGGUACAUCUUGGCGUUUGUUCACGACGAGAAGAACUGGGAAUCGGAACUUCAAAUCGUUAAUGCCGUGACUCUGGAGCUAGAGGCCUCGAUUAAGCUUCCGUCCAGAGUGCCGUAUGGUUUUCAUGGGACAUUCAUUAGUGCGAAAGAUUUGGAAACCCAGGCCUAGUUAGUGAUGGAAUUAGUAAGGCAUUUUUUAGUUAUUAGAGCGGCCAAGAUUUACAAUAGGGAUAGUUGUGGACAUAUUAUUAUAUCUUCAUUUCUUUGCAGUUCUAGUUCAUGGGGAGUUUGAAGGAUCAGCUUGUAGCUUUAGGGUAAAGUAGAAUUUGAGCUCAGCUGGUUUCUGGUUAGCAGAAGUUUCUUCAAAAGAUUAACUUUCGUGUGCCAUGUUAGACUUUCGAAUUUCGAGUGAGAUAUACUGAUUACGUUUGAUAUU